UUCCUCUACCAUCUAACAACAUCCGCCUCAUGGAACCCCGGCUUCGAAGCCAUCAGUAUCCUCGGUUGCAUUCUGAUGCUUUCUAGCGCACAGAUUCACACCGUCCUCGAGGAGAGCCACAAGAAUUCCGACCUCAUUCUUUGCGGGGGACUGGGUUGCGGUAUGCCAGGCUUGAACUCCAGAGAGGGUAGGCUUGCUUUAGCGCAGGUUCUGGCAAGGAUAGGCUUCAGUGUCAUCAGCUUUGGCCAUGGCUACAUGAGCUUCGCGCAAACUGGCAGUGUAGCAAUGUCAAUGCAGGACAAAUUAUAUGAUCUUCAGAAUUACCAUUUCGCCAAACGAUUUCUCAAAAAAGAUAAGCCAAACUCCAUGUCAGAAAACUCCCUUUCAAAAAUCCAUUAA